AUGAGCACCAGCACUGAAUUGGCAAUGUUUUAUAUUCAUAUCUCUCUCUAUCAUUCUCUCUCUCUCUCUCUCUCUCUCUCUCUCUCGCUGUCUUUUAUUCUCUGUCUUUUUUCUCUCUCUCUGUGUCUUUUUGUCUCUCUCUCACUCUCUCUGUGCCAUUUUUUUCUCUCUCUCUCUGUCUUUUUUCUCUCUCACUGUCUUUUUUCUCCCUCUCACUGUCUUUUUUCUCUCUCUCUCUCUCUGUCUUUUUUCUCUCUCACUGUCUUUUUUCUCCCUCUCACUGUCUUUUUUCUCUCUCUCUCUCUCUGUUUUUUCUCUCUCUCUGUCUUUUCUCUCUCCCUCUAUCGUUUUUUUUCUCUCUCUGUCGUUUUUUCUCUCUCUCUCUGUCGUUUUUUCUCUGUCAUUUUUUCUCUCUCUGUCAUUCUCUCUCUCUCUGUCAUUGUUUUCUCUCUGUAUGUCAUUUCUCUCUCUCUCUCUCUCUCUCUCUCUGUCAUUUCUUUCUGCCUUUUUUCUAUCACUCUCACUGUCUUUUUUCUCCCUUCUUUUUCUGCCUUUUCUCUCCCUCUGUCUCUGUCUGUCUCUCUCUCUCUCUCUCUCUCUCUUUCACUGCAUUAUCAUGAUAUUAUCUUUGUUCUUUUUCAAUUUUAUUCAAUUUUCCUCGCUAGGCUAAUGGUCAUGAUUGAUGGCGCUAGUGCUCGUAAAUCUGAAUGA